AUGCUCAAGGGACUCGCGCUAUCUGCCCUUCUCGGCAGUGUCGCUGGUCAAAUGAUUGUUGGCAAACAUUGGCAUCACCUCCAGCAACACAAAAUCCAACAGCAAAGUCAACAGCAACCCCUCAUUCCCACGAUUUCCGAGACCCAAAAGCCAUUGACACACUCUCAUAACUCGGAAGUUCCACCGUUCAAGGCAGGCCAAUUCACUAAGAAGAUCCUGGACAAUGAAACCUGUCCCACCUACGGCGAGGCUCAAUAUGCAGGCACAAUUGACGUGACCGAUGAGCAUCGCCUGUUCUACUGGUACUUUGACAGUCGGAACGACCCCGAGAAUGACCCCAUCAUCUUGUGGAUGAAUGGAGGCCCUGGUGCCUCGUCGUUAAUCGGUUUAUUCAAUGAAAUGGGACCAUGUUGGCUGGAUGCAAAGACCGAUAUGCCCUCUCCGAAUAAUUGGUCCUGGAACAACAAUGCCUCACUGCUGUUCCUUGAUCAACCCGCUGGUGUCGGAUUCUCUUCUCUCGCAGACGGCGUGGCCCCGGCUACAAAAGACAUGGAUGGCGCAGAAGAUUUCCAGCAAUUUCUAAACAUAUUCUUCGACAAGGUCUUCCCCGAGAAGAAGAAGUUGCCUUUGCAUAUCGCAGCCGAGUCCUAUGGCGGUCAUUACGGCCCUACAUACGUUGACCACAUUCUCAAUUCGCGGCGAUGGAACUCCAAGAAGGCGUUUUGGGGUAACAUAACUUCCAUGAUUUUGGUGGAUGCCGUCAUUGAUUGGACGGGCAUUGCUGUCGGUGUGUACGAAUUACUCUGUGAGGAUGUCGAAACCAUCAACAUCCUCAACCGGACUUCCUGUGAAAGGAUUGCGCAGCAUCUACCAGAGGUGCAGAGACUAGGCAGAAACUGUGAUAGUUCCUAUGACGAAAGGGAGUGUUUCGCCUCGGCAACGUAUGCUGACGAUUUCAUUCACGUAUUUUACGCGGAACUUGUUGAAGCCGGUGAACGACACAUGUACAACAUCCACUUGCCAUGUCCAGAUCCCCCAGAAUGUACAGACAUCACAAAGGGAAACAUCACGUAUUACCUCAAUCUCCCGCACGUCAAAAAAGCUCUUGACAUCCCCUCAUCCACUGAGUACAGCGUAAUAAAUUGGAUCAUCAACCUUGCAUUUAGCGAGAAUCGCGAGCCAUGGCGGCCAACCACACAGGAAACUGCCUCUGUACUUGAAGCAUAUGCUCAAGAUCCGUCCCCGGGAGAUAUCAAGAUACUGGUGUUGAAUGGGAAUAACGACUACAUUGUCAACACGCCCGGGCAGAUUUGGACGUAUGAUAACCUGCGAUGGAGGGGACAGGCAGAGUUCCGAUUGAAGAAAUGGGAGAAUUUGCCUGCUGGGAUUGCGGCAACAGGGAAGUGGAAGGCCACCAAGGAUGGAAGACUAGCGUUUGUGGCUGUUGAUGGAGCGGGACAUACGGUGCCGGGAGACGUGAGGGAGGGAUCGUAUCGUUAG